UGAGUCACGGCACCCGGGAAGGUGGCAGCAGCUCCGCUCACCCUGCACCCAGCUGCGCCACCGACAGGAGCCUUCCCCUGGCCAUGGCUUCCCUGGGGCAGAUCAUCUUCUGGAGCAUUAUUAGCAUCAUCAUUAUUUUGGCUGGAGCAAUUGUUCUCAUCAUUGGCUUUGGUAUUUCAGGGACACACUUCAUCACAGUCACUACUCUCAUCUCAGCGGGGAACAUUGGGGAGGAUGGAAUCCUGAGCUGCACUUUUGAACCUGACAUUAAGCUUUCUGGUAUUGUGAUACAAUGGCGGAAGGAAGGAGUUUCGGGCUCGGUCCAUGAGUUUAAAGAAGGUAAAGAUGACCUGUCAGACCAGGAUGAAACGUUCAGAGGCCGGACAGCAGUGUUUGCUGAUCAGGUGAUAGUUGGCAAUGCCUCUCUGAGGCUGAAAAAUGUGAAACUCGCAGACGCUGGCACCUACCAGUGUUACAUCAGCACUUCCAAAGGCAAGGGGAACGCUGACCUCGAGUACAAAACCGGAGCCUUCAGCAUGCCAGAGGUGAAUGUGAACUAUAAUGCCAGUUCAGAGAGCUUGCGGUGUGAGGCUCCCCGGUGGUUCCCCCAGCCCACUGUGGUCUGGGCGUCCCAAGUGGAUCAGGGAGCCAACUUCUCAGAAGUCUCCAACACCAGCUUUGAGCUGAACUCUGAGAACGUGACCAUGAAGGUUGUGUCUGUGCUCUACAAUGUCACAAUCAACAACACAUAUUCCUGUAUGAUUGAAAACGGCAUUGCCAAAGCCACAGGGGAUAUCAAAGUGACAGACUCUGAGAUCAAAAGGCGGAGUCACCUACAGUUACUGAACUCAAGGGCUUCUCCACGGGCCUCUUUUUUCCUUGUCAUCUGCUGGGUACUCCUGCCUCUCUCCCCCUGCCUGAUGCUCAGAUAAUGGACCUUGGCCACACAAAAGAAUUCAAAGUCAUUGGUCCAACAGAAUCCCAGGAAUCUACAGAACUUUUUCACCACCAGCUAUGACCUAUAUUUCUGUGGGAAAAUGAAUUCAUCUCUGGAAGUCUGGAGUGUACAAACAAGAACAAAGAACAAAAAGAAGCUAAAAGCAACCAUCAAAGACUCCAGGAUGAAAGAUGUAUCUAUCUUUAAGGACAUUAAAAGUUAUGAAAAUUAUUCAUCUGAACUAGAGAAGUGUGUUAAGACUGUUAAGUAAAAUGCACGUGGAGGUCUCAGGGGCCUGCCCUGGCCUGUUAUCUCUUGGAGAGCGAGAGGAUGGGGCACCGCAUGUCUGUGGUGUCUGAAUCCCUAAUUAUACGUUCUGUAAUGUUGCUCUGAUGAAGUUCUUGGAAAGUUUCAGUCACAAUAUGGCCACAUCUUCUAUUCCACGAAUUAAACUACUGUAGUAUAUGGUGUGAGAAGCUGAUUCGGCUGCCACGUCACAACUCAGGCUGGCUGCAUUUCAGUGGUGGGUCAAAUGGUUCACUUUGCAUUAUGAUGUUUCCAAAACAUCAUAAGCUUUGGCUUAUAUCCUCCCACUUGAAAAAUGCCAAACAUGUACAAAAUGAUCAUAAUUGUAUCAUAAAAUAAUUGGUAACACUGAUUUUAUAAAUAAUUUGAGCCUUUCCUUUUAAAACAACAAAAGCCAUUUUAUUUCUCAGAUGAUGUUCAUCCAUGGAUGGUACAGAGAACGACCUCUCACCUUGACUAAGUGGCCUUAUGUCAUCACAAGGUCUGAGGCUUCUGCUUUCUAUCCUACGUGGACAGCUCUGACCUCAGCUUCAACAUCAUCUAGAACAGUGGGACUCAGCUGGGGUGAUUCUGCUUCCCCCAUCUCCCAGGAGACUUUUGGCAGUGUCUGGAGAUGAUUUUAGUUGUUGCAAAUUGGACAGGGGAUAGGUGCUACUGGCAUCUAGUGGAUGGAGCCCAGGGAGGUGGUUCAACAUCCUACAGUGUACAGGAUGUCUCCCAAAGAAUUGCCCAGCCCCAGAUGUCAUCUAUGCCAAGGUUAAGAAACCCUGACAUAGAGUAGAAAAGGUACUUGAAAAGAAGAGGAGAGCAAACAGAUUUAGGCAAGCAGGGAUUCUGUCUCUGGCUGCGCCUUAGCGCACAGAGCCAGAAUUCUGUAGGGCAACCAGGAUAACAUCUUUCAGAGAAUAGAAUUGACAAGGCCUGAGGGAAAUUCCUGAUGAGAUUAUAUUCAGCUUGUUGAGCUUCUAAGUUUCUUUCCCUUCACCCUCCCCUACAAACCAGGUUCUGUAAGAGAGUUACCUGAGUUCCAUCUGAAGUUCUCUCACUCAACAUCUCCAGACCCUGCCUGGCCAAAAUUCAAAUUAAGGCACCAAACAUGUUCCUUCCUUCCAAUGCACAGAGAUUUCAGAGAUCCCUUCAGAAAGCAGGGACAAUGACCCUUUGAAACGAGACCUUGAGGAAUGAAAUUGUAAUGGGAAAGAAUGCUUCAUUUCCAGCCCCCUUCCCAACCCUUCCCAUGCUGUUCAUGUGUCGACUGCUGCCUUCCUGGCAUUUUGAAGCCAUCAUGACUGUAUUACAGAAAACUCGAUUUUAGAGUUCUAACCAUUCAAGAAA